AUGGCGUUGGCUAGCGGUCACUGGCAGGACAAAGAGAUGAAGGGAGAGGCACCAUGUCCCAGAUAUGGCCAUGCUUCAGCAUUGGCAGGAAAUGUCCUCUUCCUCUUUGGAGGAGCCUCUAACAACAACCAAGAGGUGACUUUGAACAACCCUCUUUACUUUGAUGACUUCUACAUGCUAACAGUAUCUCCAGAUGAUGUAACAUGGGAGCAGAUUCCUCAGAAUGGUGAUGUUCCCCCAGCCAGACAAGGGCAUACCCUCUGUGUUGUUAAAGGGAAGGUGUAUCUGUUUGGAGGAGUGUCAAAUCCCAAAGCUACUGAAUGUCUCCCGGGAGUCUUCAGUUUUGACAUAGUGUCCCUGACCUGGGAUUGCCUAACUACUGGAGGUGUGACACUGAGAACCAUGGGACACAGCUCUGUUGCUGUGAGAGAUAACAUCUACGUAUAUGGAGGAACUCUACGGGGGACACCAACUGAUGACCUCAUGGUCUUUAACACAGUGUCUUACACUUGGACACCAGUUAAGACGAGUGGAUCUCCACCUCCAGCCAUAUUUGGACAGGGUUUUGCUCUGGUUGGUGACCAGGUUUUCAUGUUUGGGGGUUAUGGAGCCAGUGGAGAAUUCUGUAAGGACCUUCACGUCCUUAAUAUUGAAAACCUGGAAUGGCAGAAAUGGGAAUCAAAGGGAGACUAUCCUGCAGCCUGCAGUGGACAUACAUUGACUGCACACCAUGACAAGGAUAUUUACCUGUUUGGAGGAAAAAGCAAUGAUGACCACACAGUGACAUCAACAAAUGAAAUCCACAAAUUCAGUAUUGCUAAGAUGAAAUGGAAGGUCCCUUUGUACAUUGGUAUCCCUCCGGCCCGACGAAAUGGACACACUGCCUUUAUCGUUCACAGCCAUUUGUACAUAUUUGGAGGAAGAAAUGAAGAGCAGGAGUUUAAUGACCUGAAAGUGAUGAAACUUAUCAAUCCUUCAGAGAGGCAACCAGUCAUGAAGGAGAUUUUUUCUGAAUUUGGUCUUCAAGGAAUCAGUCACAGUUUCACUCCUACAAAAAUUCCAAAUGUUCGCUAUGAACUAAAUGAAUCUACUCCAGCCCACCAGUCCAAGAUUUCAACAUCUCUUCUUCUGCAGAUAUUUGUCCACAGAGACUUUAGUGCAGUUCGAGACAAGGCGAUGUCAAUGAUCCAGACAGCGUUCGCUCUCCUGGACCAGGAAUUCCAGAAGCUGGAUCAGGAGAAGAAAGAGUUGUCCAAAUCUGCUGCUGCUCUGGAAAUGGCAAGAGAGGACCUUGAGGCUCAGAAACAACAACACCAACAGGAGCUACAGGAGUUGCUGGACAGACAUCGCUUUCAAAAUGAAGCAUGGCUUCGAGCCCGAGCUGAGGAGAAUGACAGAGAGAGAAAGGAGCUCUGGCGAUUGAGGGAAGAGGUGCUGCAAGAGCAAGAAAGACUGAAGGAGGAGCACAGCAGCAUCCAGAAACGUAGCGAGCAUCUUCUGUCUAUUAUGCAGCAGUUUAAGGGAAUGUAA